AUGUUAUCAAGUAUACUACCAUUAUACGAACUAAUUAGUGGAUGUAGAAACAUUGUAUAUCUAUAUAAUCCACCAUUGGACGGUCGUUCUAAAGAAACAAAGGAACAACACAAAGAAAUAGAUGAAAAAAUGAGAAAAGCUGAUGAAAAAUUUGUGAAUAAAAUUAAAGAAAUGGAGGAAAAAAUGAGCAAAGAUAUAGAAAGAACAGAAAAGAAAACGGAUGCUAUGAAGCAAAAAAUGAAAGACAAGCCAAAAAAAAGUUUCAAUUUAAAACAAAUCAGAAGUAGAGAUAGAAAAAUUGAGAUGGAUGCAAAAAAAGCGAAACUAGAUGAAGAAAAAAUUACAAGCUGA